UCCUCUGGAUAACGCAGUAAUUAUAUAUAAUAUUAGUUUAGAAGUCCCCCCUUAUGAACAGUACCUGACUAGGGUACUAUUCAGGGAUUAGUAAGUCAACCAGGGUCACCGCCUCGAUUUGAUCAUCUUAUUUCCAGUACCUUCAAUUACCCUUCCAUUCUCCCUCUCCGUCUCUACCGCUUCUCCCUUAUUCUUCUCCACCACUUCUCCCUUCUUCUUCGUCACCAAUCCAGACCGCUUCACUGACCUCUAAUGUGCUUGACGUUUCUUCCCCGCUGCAUCUUUGCAAUUUGUUAACAAAACUUUAUCUCUUCUAUCUCUUUCUUUCUGGAUGGUGCUUCUCUGCCUCCAAUCGGUGGCUUCCAACGAGGUUAUAUCUUUGUAGAUGGUGUCCGACAAAAUCCCUAAACUCGAUUUCAGUAUCCACAACCAUCGGCAAGUGAAUCUCAGGAUCGUACGACCUGGUGGUAAAAGAUUGUGUGUUUGCCUUCAUUCUUGCCUUCUUCUUCAGGCAAAUACAUGUAUACUAACAAAGAACUUCAUUUUUGCUGAGAAGUAUUCUGUUGCAGGCAUCAGAGCGCAUUUUUCUCCGAUGAGUGUUGUAUAAGGCACCCGAACUUUCACUUUUCGUCCAUAUUUACAGAGCCGACUUUGGUCUCUGAUUCGAAAUUUCCACAAAGCUACAUGUUGAUUUUGGUGGCAUCAUAUCAAGAUUUGUUACAACUAGUAAAAUUAGGGUCAAGAUUGUAUUAAUGUACAAACAAUUCCUCUAUGUAACCUUGUUGCAUUACAUUAUUGAAUUUCAAAAAUAGCAAUGUUAUAUGAAUACAUAUGUGCAUACACUAAGAAUCAAGUUGUAGUAUCCUCUUAUAAGCCCUAGUUUAAUCUAAUAGCUAAACACAAGUCAAUUUUUGGGCUUGUGCUUAGGAGUUCUCGGCCCAAGUAAACCCUACGCCGAAAACCCUUUUUCCUUUGGGCCUUAUUGAAACUAAAAACCUUCUCAUUGGGCCAAAUUAAGCCCGAAGGCCCAUACCCACUCAAAGCCCGAAAACUCUUGGAUUGGCCCAACCAAAGACCAAGAACGCUAUUGGAAAGCCCAUGAAUGCCGAAAACCUUAUGAGGUUUCGGUUGGGCAUGAGACAAAAAAAAAAGAGUUUGCACAAAUGGGGUGACACCUCAUGCCUUUACACUACUUUACACUUCAUGCUUCCAUGCCAUACAUAUAAUUACCUUCCAUGCCUCCAUGCAUGGCACCCUAUUACCCAUCAUGCAUCAAGAAAAGGUCCUACCCCUCCCCAUUUAAGGGUUGCGGCCGAGAGGCCUUUUCCCUCUCACCAUUUCCACAUUUUCUCAAGCAUUCCUUAGAGCAAGCUCAAGCUUCUUUAAAACCUUCAUCUCCAAGUUGGACUUAGAGCCCUUUUGCAUCCUAGAACACCAACAUCUUCAAGAAGCCCUUCAAGCUCAAAGCUAGGCUCGAAAUCCUCUUCACUCUCCUCCCUACCACACACGAAAUAACCAAGGUGAGCUUCAUACCCCUAAUUUUUUCGUGUUUUUCAUGCUUUUCGAGAGGGGGGGGGGAAUACAAGUCAAGUUUUGUUUAACCAAUGGAUAUUUGCAUGUACCAAAUUUUUUAUGGAAUGAUUUGUGCAUAUGAUAUCGAAAACCUCAUGUAUACACACAUAAAAAUUGUGAUUUACAAGCUUGUUAUAAGUUACAAUGAGUUUGUCCAUUGGACAUUUGCAUGCACUAUGAUCAUAUGUUGAAUAUGGAACAAUUUCUUGUAUAAAAUGGUGGAUAUCAUUUGUUAAUCACAUAAAACUCAUGACAUAUGUAAUUAUCAAUACUUUUAUUUCACAAAAAUCGAGCUUAAAAGUCGAUAUACCCAAAGAUAACGAGAACACAUUUUUAUACAUGUCUAAAUAUGUAUGAUCUUUGGAUAACUACAUGGCUUACUUUUAUAUAUAUUAAAAGUUGAAAUAAAUAAACAAAAGUUGUGGACAUCAUAUGGUUUUAUAAAAUUCGUGACCCAACAAAGUUGACCAAAUUAAAUUAUUUUGGUGUUACAAAUUUUUAACUGGUAAAACAUGAAAAGUGCAACUACAAAUUCUCGGAAAUUUUUACUAAAAAUGAACUUUUUCUAGUAAAAAUGAUCGUAAUUAUUGUCGUCACUAUUUUGAUGAGGUUAAACACAAGAAUAUUCUGCUAUUUUUCCAACAUAUAUUACUACUAGACAUAUUCACUAUUGACUAUUUAUAUAAAAUAGUUUACACAAAAUAGUAUACGAAAAAAAUUGAUGACAGUAUAGUUCGCGUGUCAUAAGACACAUGUUAUAAAACGUAUGUCAUGGAAUUCAUAAAACGCGUGUCAUAAAAUAACUGUCAUAAAUUCUCAAAGAGUGAAAUUAUUUCGUUGUACAAUAAAAGGGGGUCGUAGUUCGCGUAAAUCCGUUAAUGCUCUAGUGAGACAUUCACUUCACCGUACCUACCUAGCAUACAUUUUAAGUCAUGAAUUAUAAACAGAGUCUCCUGGAAGGAGAGCGAGAUAGUUGUGUAUAGAUCUAUACGGGGAUUGACAACCCCACACCUGAGUUAUUCGCUACAGCUAGACGGGCCAGUCUAGGGUGACAAAGAUCUUACCAAUUCUGACGCCUGGAGAACGUCGUACAGGCAUAACAGUCACAUUAAGUAUGGUUAUAAUAACUCACUUAGGGAUUAACAAUACUAUCUUGGUUUACGGGAAGCUUACAUUUCAGCGGUUUUAUUAAAAUAUAAAAUUGCAUACUAUUUUUCAGUACACUAUUGGUUACAUUUCUAGUCUUAGGGUUGUUAAGACUAUAGUUUGCCAUACAUCAGGAAAUAUUGGAUUUUCUGGAAACAUACAUUUUACAGAAACAAAGGUCAUGCAUACAUACAUUUUAGUCUUUGAUGUAAGACUUACCACUCAUUUUUAUAGAAAAUAUCAGAUUUUCUGGAGAUAUACAAACCAUCUUUAAACAAAAUAGUUACCAAAAUUUUCAUACAAAAAUGUUUAUGAACUCACCAACUUUAUAGUUGACGCUUUUCAAAAUGACUUGUAUUCUCAGGGAACUAGUAAACAGGUACCUAAGUCUUGAGAAUUGGAAUGCUACAUUUUGGAACUUUUAUGUUUUCUAUCACUUUUGUGUAAUUUAUGAACAAAUACAAUAUGUAAACAAUAUAAGAUUGUAUUCUCAAUGUAUGUUGCUUACAAGGGUUGCUAUGUUUCAUUUAUAUUCAACUGUUAUGAUACUAUACAAUGACGUCAUCCGCCCCCGGACGUUUCUGUCGUCCUGGUCCGAGGGUGUAACAAGAUUACCAUGAGAUGGGAAGAUAGCGACUAUCCAUCUUCUCCGGGAACUCCUUCAACGCUCCUGAUCUUGGUUCUCAUAAUGUAUAAUGUAUUGGAUGCUUGGAAGAUUGAUGACACAUACCAUAGCUUUUCAUCACAACCUUUCAAGAUUCGAUAUGCAAGAUAUUAUAUUCUUCUAUCAGUCAUGAUAGCUUUCAACUCAUCUCAGGGCUUGAAGAAGGAGAAGAAGAAAGGAGCAAGGAGAAGAGGUGUAGAGCAAAGAUCCAAGGGCAAAUCAGAGUUCUUUGAGGACUUUUUGGAAGUAACCCCUGCUGCAAUUCAUGAGUUCAGAAUUUCACCCAAAGCUCUUCUUGGACUACAUUCAUAUUGUCCUAUUCAUUUUGAUGCUUUCCAUGUUGUGCUUAUUGAUACCAUUGUCUACAUCAGCUUACUAAAAGGUGGUGUUCAUACCAUGAAGACACCAAGUCGUAACAAUUCUCCUAGUCAUGAAGAAGCUUCCAGUGACAACAAGUAUGACAAGGAAAAACGUGCAUUUUUAAUUCCACGUGCAAAUUUGCUUCAAGAGCUAAGAAACCACGGAAACAACACAAAUGGUACAAACACAAAAGUCUUACUGAUAAACAACAACUUGUUGCUGAUUCUUUACGUAUGUUUAAUAACUUGCUUCACUUCUGAAAAAAUUGUCCUAGAACUUUCUUUUAUUGCUUUUCUCCAUGAAAUUUAGUUAUCUUUGCAACUUGUAUUUCUUUCCCUUGCAAGUGCAUGACAAAAGGCUUUAACAAUGUUGACUUUUUGUUUUCACCAAUUAAGUUUUCUAAUAAUUUACUUGAAGAAAUAGCAAUAUACUUUCAUAUGUUUGUGCUUAGUUUGAUGUCUAUCAUUGGAAUCCAUAUGUAAUUGUGUCAUCUGUUAACCUAACAGUUACUAACAAAAUGGUUAGACCUUAUAUUCGAUUUCGUUAUUUUCUAAUUUUACUUAUGUAAACUUACCUAAAUUGUUAGUUGUUGAUGAUUUGAAAAGAUUCAAAUAAUUAUAUAUCAAAUAAGGAUUAUGAGGAUGAUAAUUGAAAGCUACACAAAUGUUGGCAAAUGUUGACUUUGGGUUUACUGUGAGUACAUGUGCUACUCCUGAUGGAAUCGAAGCCAUUGUGGGAGAGCAAGAUGGUAAAUUGCACAUGUAUUUAGUGGAGGGAGAUUUUCUUUCAAAAGAAGUUGUUCUUGAAACAACUUUUGAUCCUAAAAUAAGAUUUCUAAUGGCUUUUACAUGUGAUCAGUUUUACCUAACUUCAAAUGAAUAAAAUCACAAAAAUGUAAAAUUUUUACUUAAAUGGUUAGAAUGACCAGAAUGGUCAAAAUACUUUCUUUUUUUACCUAUUCUUCCAUGGUUGACUUGCCCAAAAAAAUAUUUUUAUUAUGUUUUAGCCGUUGAAUAUGAGUAACAUACCGAAAUGGUAAAAUUAGAUUUAAAUGGUUACAAUUACCAAAUUGGUUAAAAUGUUUUCUUUUAACAUGGUUAGACUAACAAAAAUGUUAUUUUAUUUUGUUUAACUAGCUUGAUAUGGGAAAAUGGCUAAUAUGGUUAUUUUGACCAAAAUGACCAAAUUGGUCAUGACCAAAAUUAAAGUGUCUCGUAAAAAUGAUUUCAUUUUUACAUAUUAUUAUGUCAUAGUUUAAUUGACCAAAAAUUAUUAUUUUAUUGUAUUUUUUGGAUUUGUGGGUAAAAUAAAAAUGUAGAUGGCUUGAUUCAAAAGGGAUGGUCUCCACCAUACAAGAUAACAAGUAAACUUAUAAAAAUAUAGUAGGCGCCAAUUGAGACGAAGAAACACCAAGUAAAGAGUCUCCACUAGAUUAUUCAACAAUCAGUCGACUCAAAUCAGACAUUAAUAAAGUUGCGGAAGGUGAGUAACAAUAUGAUUUGAUUCGUAGACAAUUAGAAUCCUUAUUAGGGCGUUUUUUGUUCGUUUUGAAUUCCUGUAAUAGGAUAUAAUCGAGGCAUUUUUUGAAUUCCAUUGUUUUUUGUUGAUUUUUUUAACGUCAAAUGUGUGCAAAAUUGGUAGUUGGGUGGAUACUGGAAGCUAAUAUACUGUACAAUAACAAUCUUGGGAUCGAGAAGAACGGAAUUGAGAUUGAGAGAUUUUAUCAGUUUGGGAGAUUUUUUGCAAAUAUUUCCAUGGUUUAUUGGUUUUUACCAUUUAUAGUAACAUUUACAUAAAGAGUAGUUUACAUUCAUACAAUGGAAUGCAAUGACUGAUUCCAUUCCAUGUAGAGACAUCUUAACUUUGGAUGAAUCCAAGGGACAUUCCAAGUCUACAAUCGGCAUCAUACUACAACAUGGCAGCACAAAUGCCAAAUGGCACAUAUCUACCUUCACACACUGCACACACAUCAUUAAAUGUAGCAGGACAAUCUUGUCAUAUGCAAUUCCGAGGGUUAUACCACCCGCAAUAACCGAGGACUAUUGCCAACCCCGACCAUAUGGUUGUUAGUUGUUUCAUGGAAAUUACCAACGUUGUUGAUCGUGAACUUGAAAAGGUGUCUUGGAUGUUGGUUAUAGGCAAUGUCUGUAUACGGGUUUGAGAUUGUUCAAACAUUAAAUGUCGAUAUAGAACCAUAUGAACGUGUGAAGAAAGCAAUGAAUGAAUCAAAAUAGUUGCAUGGAUGAGGUUGGCAGCUAUUGAGAAAGGUGAGGCAGAGAAGAUACUUCAGAUAAAGAGGGCUAAAGGAGAGACUGAGUCAAAAUAUUUGUCUGGAUUAGGUGUUGCACAACAGAGACAAACAAUUAUGGAUGGUUUAAGAGACAGUGUGUUAGGGUUUUCAGUUAAUGUUCCUGAGACAACAGCUAAAGAUGUGAUGGAUAUGGUUUUAGUGACUCAGUAUUUUGACACCAUGAAAGAAAUCGAUGCUACAUCCAAAUCAUCUGCAGUGUUCAUCCCUCAUUUUAUGGCAUUGUAGUAUCAAAAUCUUCCAAUUUAUGUAAUUGUAGUUUCAAACUUUUCUUAUUUGGGCAUAUCAUAGUUUGAAAAUUCUUAUCCAAUUUUAGAAUUAAGAUGGUUUUGGUUAAUGUCAAAGAAUAGCAAUGUCCUUUUCUA